AAAUCUGUGAAGCAGGAGAUUAUCUACAAUUGCAUAUCAUACAAAAUUUAUAAAAAAUGAAAAAUCUUUCAAAAAAUUCUUAUAUACAUCGGUGAAAUAAAAUCAUACAAAUGAAAUAAAUAAUUUGUCAAAUAAAUAGCAUUAAAAAAAAAAAAAGUAGUUUAGUUAUGAACAACCGUGGUGAAAAAAAUAUGUGUAAAAGUUUUGAUAGUGAUGUGACCGUAGAUCGAAUUGAACCCGAUGAAGAAGAUGUAUCUGAAUUGGCCGAAGAAGAAUUAGAAUUAACAAAUCGGAUAUUUGGUUGUGACAGUAACGAUGAAUUAAAUGAUCUCGAUAAUUUACAGCCAGUUACAUGGUUAAACGAUGAUCAAAUUGAAGAGAUCGAUGAUAAUGUUAAUUUAUUUUUUCACCGGGUCGAUUCCGAUCAAAUUAUUUAUCAAGCAAAGAAAAAACGUUGUAAAAUGAUUGGUAAAUACGUUAUGGGUGAUUUAUUGGGUGAAGGGUCUUAUGGUAAGGUUAAAGAAAUGUUAGAUUCAGAAAUUUUGUGUAGGCGAGCUGUUAAAAUAUUAAAAAAGAAAAAAUUAAGACGAAUUCCAAAUGGUGAACAAAAUGUACAAAGAGAAAUAAAACUAUUACGAAAUUUAAGGCAUAAAAAUGUAAUAACAUUAAUCGAUGUAUUAUAUAAUGAGGAGAAACAAAAAAUGUACAUGAUUAUGGAAUAUUGUGUGGGUGGUUUACAGGAUAUGUUAGAAUCAGCACCACGGAAAAAAUUCCCAUUGUCACAAGCGCAUGGUUAUUUUUUACAAUUAAUUGAUGGUCUCGAAUAUUUACAUAGUCAGCGGAUAGUACAUAAAGAUAUUAAACCGGGCAAUUUAUUAUUAACAUUAGAUGGGAUUUUAAAAAUUUCUGAUUUGGGUGUUGCUGAGGCUUUAGAUUUAUUUGCAAAAGACGAUAUUUGUUAUACGGGUCAAGGUUCACCAGCAUUUCAACCGCCAGAAAUAGCAAAUGGUAAUGAAUCAUUUGCUGGUUUUAAAGUAGAUAUUUGGAGUAGCGGAGUAACUUUAUAUAAUUUAACUACAGGGUUAUAUCCAUUUGAAGGUGAUAAUAUUUAUAGACUUUUUGAAAAUAUUGUUCGUGGUGAUUUUGAAAUACCGGAUGAUAUUGAAAAUCCAUUACGAUCACUUUUGUUGGGUAUGUUAGAAAAAGAACCUGAAAAACGUUUUACGCUUCAACAAAUUCGUCAACAUGCAUGGUUAAAUAGAAAACCACCAUUUACCACGGACCAUGUACCCAUUCCUCCAUUAUGCGGUGAUUCUUUACAUUCAAUGACCGUUCUACCGUACUUAUUUGAUUAUCAUUAUGGUGAAGACUAUGAACAUACAACCGAAUAUUAUACCGAACAUCAAUUAAAUGAGGAAAGAAAUCGUUCUGGAAGUAAUAAUGUACAUGUGACAAAUGGCCAGCUGGACAUUAAAAGUGGUUACCAUAAUACGGCUGAUGAUGGACCAAUUGAUACAAAAUCACAGUCAACUUCAACGCAACCAAUAGCAACGACGGGUAAGCGACGUUGGCGCAAACCCAUCUCAUGUAUAACUGUUAGAAAGAUACCUGGUUGUAAGCAAUCCUGACCCAUCAAAUCAAAUUCAUUUGUUAAUAAAAAUUUAUUAAUAAUAUAUAAAAUAAUAUAUAUAUAAAACAGAAAAAAAAUUCUUAUAUAAAAAAAAAAGAAAUUGUUAUUAGUCCACGUCAAUUUGGUGUCAAAUGUAUAUAAAUCGGUCAAACAAGAAACAAAAAUUGAAAAACGCACAUUUCAAAAACUAAAAGGUGGUGUUUAAAAACCUUCAGGCUGGUCGUCUUUCGUACCACAAUCUUUGUGAUGAGAGAGAAUUUCACGCUAUUGCUCAAACGCCAAGAGCGUAAUUUCAAACUUUGAUUAAAUAUGUUUAAGUGUGAAAAUACAUUAAUUCAUAUUUAAGAAUAGUAUAUUUAAUUUACUUAUAAGCGGGAAAAAUUUAACGUCUUUUUUUGGCGGAGAAAUAAAGCCCCACCUUAAUUGUAACUUUAAAAUUCAAUGAAUGAAAAAUUUAAACUUAUUAAUUUUUUUUUUUUUUUAAUUACUUUCUUUGUAGCAAAACGUCAUAAUAAGAAUUUUCGUGUUAUUUAUUUUGUCAGUCAUAAAAAGGAUGCGUUAAUUGAUUGGGAAUUUAUUACAAAAUCUGGGUCGUUAUUGAAGAUCCUUUGAAUUUUUGAGAGAUUGUCUGAAAUUUUGUUGGUUGGCUGUGUUUGACGUUAAUACCACUGCCAUUUUACCAAAUUUGCCAAGUUCGAUAGAUUUUCUAGCCGAUGUUUCGUUGUUUUUUCUGAGGUUUCGCGAUCGACCAUUCCCAAUUGAAUUUCUUGAUAACGAAUACAUCAGACCAAAUUCGCCAUGGCUCCUGAAUUGGGGUAAUUUUUAUGACAAACUAUCUAGUUUUAGUUCAAUUGAUUAUUUUCUAACGAAGAAAAUUGCAUUCUUCUUUUUCCGUACUAUCGUAUCCGUUCUAUUUUAUUGCUAAACCAGGGUUGCCUGCACACUAUUCUUUUAAAAUUUGUCAAAAUGAGGUGGUUUAUAAUAAUAAUAUUAACCCAAGAAAUAAUUUUGAUAGAAAACGUCUUUUCGACUGGGUGGUGAUGAUACUUAGGAAGGUCCAAGGAACCCCUUUAUAUGUUUAAUCUAACGCGACAAGUUUCUCCUCAAAGUUAAAAUAAAUUUAUCAGAUAUUUUUUAAAUUUUAAGCAAGCAAUGAAAAUUUUUAUUUGUAAAUAAAAGAUCGUUGAAUAAGGGACCAUUCAUUCAACCCAAACAAAUUUUUUAUGAAAUAUAUUUAAGAUUUUAUGUGAUAUUAAAAAAAAAAAACGAUAUGCAAAAUACCAUUCUCAAGAAUCGAUCUCUCCUUCGAACCCUAUAAUAUAUUUUUUCACCUUUUUGACUUGGA